AUGCGCUACCUCGCUACGCGAUGGCGCUCCGCCAUUCCUCGCUCGGCGUUACUAGCUAAGCGAUCCCCAGCGCUCGCAUGGCAGGCUUCGAGGUUAUACAGCGCCGCGGCCGCUUCGCCGCCUCUACCCGUUGACGUCUCGAAGCUUACUAUCCAGAAGACCGAGAAGCCUUCGGAGUUGAAGAAGCCCGAGGAACUCGUCUUUGGAAGGACCUUCACAGACCACAUGCUCACGAUCGAGUGGACGAAGGAGGAUGGAUGGAAUGCCCCCAAGAUCACCCCCUACCAAAACCUUUCCCUCGACCCCGCCACCUGCGUCUUCCACUACGCCUUCGAGUGCUUCGAGGGAAUGAAGGCCUACCGCGAUUCCAAGGGCCAAUUCCGCCUCUUCCGUCCCGACAAGAACGCCGCGCGCCUCAACAAGUCCGCCUCCCGCAUCGCCCUCCCCACCAUCGACCCCGAGGCCCUGACCAAGCUCAUCGCUGAGUUCGUCAAGCUCGAAUCCCGCUUCAUCCCCAACCAGAGGGGCUACUCCCUCUACCUCCGCCCCACCUUGAUCGGCACCCAGAAGACCCUUGGCGUCGGUCCUCCCGGCUCUGCGCUUCUCUUCGUCAUCGCUUCCCCCGUUGGUCCUUACUACCCCACUGGAUUCAAGGCCGUCUCACUCGAGGCGACCGAUUACGCCGUGCGCGCUUGGCCCGGCGGUGUUGGUGAUAAGAAGCUCGGCGCCAACUACGCCCCUUGCAUCGUCCCUCAGUUGGCUGCCGCGAGCCGUGGGUUCCAGCAGAACCUCUGGCUCUUUGGAGAGGAGGAGUACGUCACCGAGGUCGGCACGAUGAACAUGUUCGUCGCGCUCAAGGACAAGGUUACCGGCCAGAAGGAGCUCGUCACCGCUCCUCUCGACGGAACCAUUCUCGAGGGUGUCACUCGCGAUUCCGUCCUCAGCCUCGCUAGGGAGAAGCUCAUCCCCGAGGGUUGGAAGAUCUCGGAGAGGAAGUAUACCAUGAAGGAGCUUGCCGAGGCGUCGAAGGAGGGUCGUCUUCUCGAGGCUUUCGGCUCGGGUACCGCUGCUGUUGUGAGCCCCGUUAGGGCCAUCAGCUGGAAGGGCGAGCUCGUGGGCUGUGGUCUUAAGGAUAACGAGGAGACCGGCCCUGUUGCUCUCAAGAUGAAGGAGUGGAUCGAGGCGAGGCAGUAUGGUGAUGAGGACCAUGAAUGGAGCUAUGUUGCCAAUUAA